UCUCAUAGUUGGUGACCGGGAGCCUUGUCUGCGAGGACCCUGAGCUCCUGGACAAGGGUGUGAGGUCCAAGAGGCAGGUGUGGCUCUCCUGUUGGAGGGGCACUGGGGACACAUAGUGGGUCUGGAGAGGGCGGACAGGCCAACAGAUGAGCUGUCCCUGCCAGUCCUUCCCAGUCUCUGGCCCUUAGUCCUAGCGCUGUGCAAGCUGGCCAGGCGUCCUCAUGACCCGUGUUUCUCAAGAAGGUAUAUGAAGCACAAGCGGGAUGAUGAGCCUGAGAAGCAGGAGGACGAGGCUGUGGACGUGACGCCCGUCAUGACCUGCGUCUUUGUGGUCAUGUGCUGCUCCAUGCUGGUGCUCCUGUACUACUUCUACGACCAUCUUGUCUACGUGAUCAUUGGGAUUUUCUGCCUGGCCUCCUCCACGGGCCUCUACAGCUGCCUGUCGCCGUUGGUCCAGAGGCUGCCAUUUGGCAAAUGCAGGUGAGUUCCCUCAGGUGGCCUUUGCCCAGCUCCACCCAGCCCCUUGCCCCCAGCUUUGUUCUUGAGGUCCUACACCACAGCCUCUCCUUGGCUCAACUACUGUUUCCCGU